AUGGGUGUUCAUGUUAAUGAAAACUUAGCAACAAGAACUCGAGGUGUGUACACGUUUCGUGCACAAGGAUCCAUAUAUCAUAAGAUUGGGAAUCUUUUACCAAAUUCUAGCGACAGACCGAGAUAUUUGCAACUGUAUGUUUAUGACACUGACCAUGAGAAUAAGAAUCGAAUAUCUGAAAAUGAAGAAUUACACUUAGAUUUGCUUGACAAGAUAAAGAGUAUUUUAAAUGCUCAAAAUCCAUUUGUACACACGUUUCUCCAGUUAGCUCAGCGUCCAGAUAUACAUGAAUGCAGACUUCAGAUCAAAGAGCAACCAUGUAAUAGGCCCCAAUACAACCUUCCGACUGCUCCUGAAGUUGUUGCAGUUUUAUAUCCUUUGUUGUUACCUUGUGGUUCAUAUGGAUGGGAUGCAAAUAGCAGAAGUAAUGAUGGUAGAAAAAUAACAUGCUGUGAUUUCUAUUCUUAUAUGCUACAGAUUCGCCCGGGGGAUCAAUCACUUUUCGUUCGAGGAGGUCGCCUCUUACAGCAGUAUGUUGUAGAUAAUUACGUGAAGAUUGAGUCCAACAAAUUAAGAUGGAUACGUACUCAUCAGAAUCACAUUCGAACAGAUUUUUAUCAAGGUCUUCUAGAUGCAGUACAUGCUGGUGAAAAUUAUGGAGGUAAUGUUGGUCAUAGAACAAUAUUACCGUCGUCAUUUGUUGGUAGCCCACGAGAUAUGUAUCAGCGAUAUCAAGAUGCAAUGGCUCUGUCAGCACAUGAUCGCCCUGAUUUGCUGACAAUAGUAUUUCAUUCAAAAUUUGAUGAGAUGAAGACCGACAUUCGUACAAAACAUGUACUCAGGAAGGUUCUAGCAUAUGCAUAUGUUAUUGAGUAUCAAAAAAGAGGCUUACCACAUGCCCACAUGGUCAUUAUUUUGGAUGAAAAUGAUAAGUUACGCACUCCUGACGAUUAUGAUAACAUUGUCAGAGCUGAAAUUCCAGACAAGAGACUAGAGCCUAGAUUAUACAGUGCAGUUCUGAAACACAUGGUACAUGGCCCAUGCGGAAUGUACAAUGAACAGUCACCGUGUAUGACAAAUGGUCGGUGCAAAAGACAUUUCCCAAAGCCAUUUUCUCCAAUCACUACACUUAGAAACGAUUCAUAUCCUGUUUAUCGAAGAAGAGAAGGGGAGUCAGCUCCAUUAGAGAGUAAUCCAAGCAUCUUGGUGGAUAAUAGUUGGGUCAUUCCAUACAACCCAUGGUUGCUUUUGGAAUAUGAUUGUCAUAUCAAUCUUGAAAUUUGCAGCAGUGUUACAUGUGUGAAGUAUUUAUACAAAUAUGUUUAUAAAGGGCUUGACCGUGUUACAUUAAAAGUUCGUCAAGGUCCUAAUUAUGACGAAGUACAACAGUUCAUAAAUGGAAGAUAG